CACAGUAUAAAAGAGCGUUCGUCAGAGAUCUCACAGUCAGUAUUUUCCAUCUCACACAAUAGUGGCCAUGGCUACUCGACGAAUGAAAAGCCCUAGCUCUCUCCAUCUCGUUGCUGUGUUCUCUCUACUCGUAGUCGCCGCCGCCGCCGAAGUUUUCUUCGAGGAAAGCUUCAAUGAUGGCUGGGAAAGCAGGUGGGUAAAAUCUGAAUGGAAGAAAGAUGAAAACAUUGCUGGAGAGUGGAAUCACACCUCUGGGAAGUGGAAUGGAGACGCCAACGACAAAGGUAUUCAGACCAGUGAAGACUACAGGUUCUACGCCAUUUCAGCUGAGUUCCCUGAAUUUAGUAACAAGGGAAAGAACUUAGUGUUCCAGUUCUCUGUUAAGCAUGAGCAGAAGCUUGACUGUGGUGGUGGGUACAUGAAGUUGCUUAGUGGAGACGUUGACCAAAAGAAAUUCGGUGGUGACACUCCCUACAGUAUCAUGUUUGGACCAGACAUCUGUGGCUACAGUACCAAGAAAGUACAUGCUAUUCUCACUCAUAACGAGACAAACCACUUAAUCAAGAAGGAAGUCCCAUGUGAGACUGAUCAGCUGACCCAUGUCUACACUUUCAUCCUCCGCCCUGAUGCCACAUACAGUAUUCUCAUUGACAAUGUGGAGAAACAGUCUGGUAGCUUGUACUCUGACUGGGACAUUCUCCCACCAAAGAAGAUCAAGGAUCCAAGUGCCAAGAAACCUGAAGAUUGGGAUGACAAGGAAUUCAUUGAUGAUCCUGAGGAUAAGAAGCCAGAGGGCUAUGAUGACAUUCCAGAGGAGAUAACUGAUCCCGAAGCCAAGAAGCCAGAGGACUGGGAUGAUGAAGAAGAUGGUGAAUGGACAGCCCCAACCAUCCCCAAUCCGGAGUACAAGGGCCCAUGGAAGGCAAAGAAAAUCAAGAACCCCAACUACAAGGGGAAGUGGAAGGCUCCUAUGAUUGACAACCCAGACUUCAAGGAUGACCCAGAUCUAUAUGUUUUCCCAAAAUUGAAGUAUGUCGGAGUUGAGCUGUGGCAAGUGAAAUCUGGAACCUUGUUUGACAAUGUUGUGAUAUGCGAUGAUCCAGAGUAUGCCAAGUCCAUUGCAGAGGAAACAUGGGGAAAGCAAAAGGAUGCUGAAAAAGCUGCUUUUGAGGAAGCAGAAAAGAAGAGAGAGGAGGAGGAAUCAAAGAAUGCUCCAGCUGAAUCUGAUGCCGAGGAAGAUGACGAGGCUGAUGAGGCUGAUUCAGAUGAUGCUGAUGACAAGUCUGACUCCAAGGAUGAGGACACACAUGAUGAACUGUAAGGGCCAAGCAUUUUGAUUCAACUGACAAAGAAGCUACUUGGCAGUUCCCGGAAGAUUUCCUCCUCCCUCCCCCCCCCCCCCCCUUUUUUUUUUUUUUUUCCUUAUUAGUGAAUUAGCCCCUUCCCAAUUUUAGUGAAAAGACGGAGAUUGAGGGUGCAUGAGGUCUUAUAUGGCUGAUUGCUUUGAUGUCAUUGGGCUCGGCCAAUAGGAAUACAUGUUUGGUUUUGACUAGAAUUUUAAACUAAAUGGUGUUGAAAUUACACUAGUUAAUUUCUACCUAAUUUUCUAUUUAAAUGGCUCCUUGUCU